UGGUGGUGUUAAUAUUCACAUAUGAACAUCAUACAGAUAUAUAUAAAAGGUACUAAAGUCUCUUUAUCUGCUGAAGAUGUCAAUACCUCCAGUCAUGAGGACAACCAAGGGGAUAUUGAAGAUGUAGAACCUCCUUUUGUGGCACUUGAAGGUGGAUUCAGAAUCCCGGAAACUAUCUUUAACAGUCUUUUUGACUAUCAGAAGGUUGGUGUACAGUGGCUGUGGGAACUUCACUGUCAAAGAGCUGGUGGGAUAAUUGGAGAUGAGAUGGGUCUUGGUAAAACCGUACAGGUUUUAUCUUUUCUUGGAUCACUGCAUUUUAGCAAUAUGUAUAAGCCAAGCAUUAUCAUUUGUCCUGUCACUCUUUUGAGGCAAUGGAAGAGGGAAGCUAAAAAAUGGUAUCCCAGCUUCCACGUGGAGAUAUUACAUGAUUCAGCUCAUGAUCUAUCAAGUAAAAAGAAGCAAGCAGAUUCUGAAAGUGACUAUGAAAGCGAAGAUCUGCUUGACAGUGAGACUGAAGGAAACACAUCUUCGAGGACUUCCAAAAAAUGGGAUCCCGUGAUAGCUCGUGUUGUAAGAUCAAAUUCUGGACUAUUGAUCACCACUUAUGAGCAACUCCGUAUAUUGGGAGAGAAAUUACUUGACAUCGAAUGGGGUUAUGCAGUGUUAGAUGAAGGACAUCGAAUUCGGAAUCCAAAUGCUGAAGUUACUCUUGUAUGCAAGCAGCUCCAGACUGUUCACCGUAUCAUAAUGACAGGGGCCCCAAUUCAAAACAAGCUGAGUGAACUGUGGUCAUUGUUUGAUUUUGUCUUCCCUGGAAAGUUGGGAGUUCUACCUGUGUUUGAGGCUGAAUUUGCUGUUCCCAUUUCUGUUGGGGGGUAUGCUAAUGCAACACCCUUGCAAGUUUCCACAGCUUACAGAUGCGCUGUGGUGUUGCGUGACUUAAUCAUGCCUUACCUCCUCCGGCGGAUGAAAGCUGAUGUCAAUGCUCAUCUCACUAAGAAAACUGAGCAUGUCCUCUUCUGCAGCCUCACACCAGAGCAGCGAUCUGUUUACCGAGCUUUUCUUGCUAGCUCUGAGGUUGAACAGAUCUUUGAUGGGAACAGGAAUUCUCUGUAUGGAAUUGAUGUAAUGCGGAAAAUUUGCAACCAUCCCGAUCUUCUUGAGAGAGAACAUUCCUGUAGAGAUCCAGACUAUGGAAAUCCUGAACGCAGUGGGAAAAUGAAAGUUGUUGCAGAAGUGCUUAAGGUAUGGAAAGAACAGGGGCACCGUGUUCUCCUUUUUUCUCAAACUCAACAGAUGCUUGAUAUUUUCGAGAGAUUUCUGGUUACUUGUGAGUACAAUUAUAGGCGGAUGGAUGGUGUCACUCCUGUAAAGCAGAGGAUGGCUUUGAUAGAUGAAUUUAACAAUACAGAUGAUAUUUUCAUCUUCAUCUUGACAACAAAAGUUGGUGGUCUGGGGACAAACUUGACAGGAGCUAACAGAGUAAUCAUUUUUGAUCCUGACUGGAACCCAUCAACUGACAUGCAG